AUGAAGACGAUGGGAUCCACUCUGCCAGGCAUCAUCGCCCUGGUGAUCCUUGUCGCCUUCGUUGGCGCAAGCGCCAUGGAGUUCGAGAAGGCGAGCUGGGCCAAGAAGGUGGACCUGAACCGGCCCGCUGGCAACAACGGUAACCACUACAAACACGAAUCGUCAAACCUUCACAACAAGAAGGGGAAGAUAGAGUUGGUAGAUAUCGAAGCGAAGGAGGAAGAGGAUGAAGAGGUCGAGUUGGACCUGUGCCUCGAAGAUCUCAAGGCCCUGCUGCGCGAGGAGUCCGAGUUGGAGUACCAGCGCGACGAAUGUCUCGCCCGCCUCGCCCCCUUGGUCGAGGAGGACAACCUCCACGAGCUCUGGAGGAACCGCAACCACUCCCUCGCCAUCGCCUGCCUCUACAAUCUCACCGACUGCAACGAUGAGAACGACGCCCGCGUGUUCUACGCCAACGUGCGCAGGUCGCCGCAGUCGGCCGCCCAGCCCGAGCGUAGCCAGCCGGCCUCGCUCUCGCCCUUCGCCUUGCUGGAGAGCAAGUUCCGGGGCUCCAUCAGCAAGUUCGACUCGAGCACCUUCAGCGCGAUGAAGUACAGCGCCGAAGCCAAGGCUGCCUCGCUCUCGACCAAGGCCCGCCGCGGCGUCAACUUUGAGCUGGCCCUGUCCGAGUGCCGCAAGCUGGUCUCGACCCACCGCUUCGAGAUCGAGGAGCUGCAGCGCAACGUGACCUGGUGCGAGGCCGAGCAGGUCCAGCGCAACAAGUCCAUCAUGGCCUACCUCCGCUUCUCGACCCUCUACGAGGAGGAGAACGCCCUGUGCACGCCCCUCAUGCAGAAGUGCCGUGCGGGCCUGCGCCUCGUGCGGUUCGACAUUACCAACGGCAACAGCCCCCUGCCGGCGGCCAACGACCCUGCCCUGGUGCCCGGCUGGGUGGGCUUCGGCCAGUCCGUCAACAGCGCCUUCUUCACCGUCGGCGAGGACUCGGAGGAGCUCAAGGCCAUGGCCUACUUUGGCAGCUUCGACCAGGGACCCAUCGCGGCCAGCUUCGCCGCGGCCAACGACGGCGCCCUGUCGGCCACCGUGGGCGAGCUGCCCUUCCUGGCGCCCGACCUCUCGACCUGGUCCACCACCUUCGAGCUCAACGCGACCAUCCACUCGCGCUGCUUCUACGCCUUCCAGAUGGCCGCCUCGUUCUCGGACCCUGACAUUGGCAUCGCCUUCUACACGCCGCCCGACCAGGGCCUGCACAUCUUUGACGAAGAUGGCAACUUCAUCACCAACGUAGUGGAUGAGGAGGAGCAGGAGGAGGAGCCCGGCAGGAGGAAGCUGGUCGCCCGCGGCCCCCUCAGAGAGACGGUGGAGAGCUGCGGGUGCGUGGGCGACCCCCUGCCCCACUACCAGGCGCACAACCACGUGAGCCCCGUCACGGAGGUCGUCUACGAGUACCGGCCCAUCAGCGCCUUCCUCAUCGCCCCCACCGCCUCACCAUCGAGGAGCUGCGCUGGACCUACCCCCUGGCCGACCAGCUGA